AUGGACGACCGAUCGCUAGUACCAUGCUCUGAAGUCAGAUCACCUGCAAAUUGGGCACCAGAUUCAGUUCUCCCUUUACGGUACCCUGACCCUUUUCCAUCUCAGCCGCAGAGCUUCCCCAGUCAGCAUGGCAGCAAUCAACAUGGAAGCUUCUCUUUCGACAGGACAAUAUCGGACGGAUUUGAGACGGGGAGCCUCGAUUUGGCUGGCGAUAUCGUCUUAUCGAACUACACAGACCCUCUCCAAUUUGACGAGCUAGUCGUCGACCCAUCGUUACUCUCUCAUUCAGGCACGGGCGAAGGUGACGAAGUAGCUACCGAACCUCACCAGGAUGGUCGAUACCACUCUGCCAGGUCAAGCGCGCGGGCAUCGCAGAACGGCUCCACGAGGCCUUCGUCAAACUCCCUAUGGGCCGAUGGAUCAAAUCGACGUAGCUAUCAAAACUCCAGAUUUCUGGCGGCUCCCAUGCAAACUCCGACGAGCAAGCCACCUAGAAAACGCAGACGUCGCAGAAAUGGCAAUGAGGGGAGCGCGUACACUGAAGUCAUUGAGGCCGAUGAAGCGCCCAGAUGGGGGUGGGACCAGCGUCCUCCAGAACAGGCACGAGAGGCACCGUGCAACGACGACAACAUCGGGCUGGGGAGGUUUGACGAUACAACGCAGAGCUGUGUGUCGCCAAGCGACGCCGGCGUUGCUGUUAACAGCUUGCUGGACUUCUUGGGACAGCCGCAGGCAGGCAGGAUGAUAGCUUCGGAUGAUUUCGAGGCGGUCGUGAGAAUCUGGAGUUUCAUACGGAGGAUGCAGUAG